CAUGGCAUCACUGUCUGGAUCAGCCUCUACCCUCUGUUGCUCUUCACUACAUCUCCCCUGGGGGGCUGUUACUCGUCCUUCACGUCCAUUUCCUCCUGUGGACCUGGCCGAUCCUGGGCUGUGCGACUCAAUGCAGUCACUGGAGGAGUGUCAUUUGACGGACUAGCCCAAAAUGUAGCUGAGGAUGUUGGCUUGGUAAAUCACGGUCAGAUCGGGCAGCUUGAGGGGCAUUAUCUGCUGUGCCAGGGGCCGGACGACACUGCAAAUGUGGACUCGCGCAUAACAGAGGCGGCUCUGGAUAGAAACACUCAUGUGGUCUGGCACUCACAAGAACACAUCCUCAGACGGUCUAAGAGAGCUGUGACCUUCAAUGACCCCAAAUAUCCAAGCCAGUGGCAUCUGCACAAUGAUUUGAGACAUGGUAUGGACAUCAAUGUGACUGGUAUCUGGGAACGCAAUAUCACAGGGGUUGGUGUCACAGUGGUGGUAGUAGAUGAUGGGGUCCAGCACACCCUGGUCGAUAUUCAGCCCAAUUACAGUCCAGAGGGUAGUUAUGAUUUAAACUCCAAUGAUCCGGACCCCAUGCCCCACCCUGAUGGCCACAGUGACAAUCAUCAUGGCACGCGCUGUGCAGGAGAGAUCGCCGCCGUCUCCAAUAACAGCUUCUGUGCUGUCGGGGUGGCAUAUGGCAGCAAAGUAGCAGGGAUCAGAGUUCUGGAUGGACCCCUCACUGACAGCAUGGAGGCUGGCUUUAACAAGCAUUACCAAAUAAAUGAUGUCUACAGCUGCAGUUGGGGACCAGACGAUGAUGGGCGUACCGUCGAUGGACCUCAUCCCCUUGGCAAGGCGGCACUGCAGCAUGGAGUUAUAGCAGGCAGGCAAGGUUUUGGCAGCAUCUUUGUUGUCGCCAGUGGCAACGGAGGACAAUAUGAUGACAACUGCAACUAUGAUGGCUAUGCUAAUUCCAUCUACACAGUAACUAUAGGGGCAGUGGAUGAGAAUGGGAGAAAGCCGUUCUAUGCAGAAGAGUGCGCGUCCAUGCUGGCUGUAACCUUCAGCAGCGGAAGCAGACAGCUACGCAGCAUUGUGACUUCAGACUGGUCUCUGCAGAGUGGCACAGGCUGCACAGAUGGACACACGGGUACCUCUGCAGCGGCGCCGCUGGCUGCAGGUAUGGUGGCACUUAUGCUGCAGGUACGACCGUGUCUGAGCUGGCGUGAUGUUCAGCACAUCAUUACCUACACAGCAAUACAGCAUGACACACAGACUGACUGGGGAACUAAUGGAGCCGGGUUUCACCACAGUCACAAGUAUGGCUUUGGGCUGCUUAACGCCUGGAGACUAGUUAACGCUGCCAAGGUUUGGGAGUUUGUGCCAUUUUUGGUGUCCUACCAGAGCCCGGAUUUAAAGGCAAAUGCUGCCAUCCCAGCCUAUCCCAAAUCUCUUACGCUCACAUGGAAUGUCACUUCUUUUGACCUGAGGCAGUCAGGCAUGCAAACCUUGGAGCACGUAUCUGUUACUGUAACAGUAAUCCACUCUCGCCGUGGCCACGUUGAGACAGUGUUGAUAUGCCCCAGUGGAAUGACCUCACUGAUUGGAGCCAAAAGAAUACUGGAUGUAGAUACUACUGGAUUCACUGACUGGACCUUUUCUACUGUGCGAUGUUGGGGAGAAACAGCAGAGGGACAAUACACUCUAAAGAUCACAGAUUACAGAGAAUCUACUCCAUCUUUGGGCACUCUGAAAUACUGGAAACUUACUCUGUACGGCUCUUCUAUGUCUCAUCAGCAGGUGAAAGAGAGACAGAGAGUUGUGGAAGACGCUAUGAGUGGACAGUAUCUGAACAGCGCUUUUGCUCUUCCCUGCCCACCUGGCAUAGAUGUACCAGCUGAGAUUGUGAGUCCAUUUACCUCAAACAGUCUUAAGUCACUGCUUCUUUUGGGCUGUUUCGCUCUCUUCUGGUCGCUGUAUUACACUCUCGAAGUGAUCCUUACCCAUGUGGACUGGCGUGGAUGUAGAGCGGCCGUGAGGGGCAGAAACAGGGGGCUGCAAGCUCGUUCUUCCGCCCUGGAGGACAGUGAAGUGGUGGAAAUUCAGCCUGAGAUGGAUAUGGAGUCUAAAGUUCCUCUCAUAGCAGGAGAUGAGAAGACAUAGCACUCAGGAACAUCUUCUGCAUCUUCUGUUCUUCUCACUUUUCUUUGAGGUUAUCUCUGUUUGCACUUUGCUUUCAUUUGAGCAUGCAAGCAAAUGCUCUGUUUUGGGUUGCCUUAUUUGUUUUUGCUGAUAUGGUGUAUGUGUGCCUGAUUCACAGUAUUUAAGACAGCAAGUGCAAAUGAACUUGGAAAGUCAGAUCUUUUGAUCAGAAUGUGUGUGUGUGUGUGUGUGUGUGUGUGUGUGUGAGAGAGAUUCUUGUGGGCAAGUGUGGGGGUGCUGUAUGAGUGAGUUUAAGAGUUUAAUAUACCUUAACAGAUUUUUCCUUCGAUUGCGAUACAUUGACUGUGUCACUUUUGCGUCAGUUUUGGGUAUAAAUGCCUCCAACACUUGAAUUAAAAAAAUCUGAAGAGAUUGUUUAAAACCGAGGUCUGUUUAACUAUAGACAUUUAACUGGUACUAGGCUGUUUUUAUUGAGGUGCGGUGUUCUUAUGAAUCCAUGCAAUUGAUCUAAAGGGAAUUUAUUGAAUGUGAUUUGAAUAAAAAAAUCAAGAAAUGCUAAA